AUGUUAAAUCUGAGACGACUUGUGGUCUCCUUUGCCCUCCUUGUUGGAGUCGGCCUGGUUCUCUUGUCCCAAACCGCCGAGGCGGCCAAGGGACCUCGGAUCACCUCCAAGGUCUAUUUUGACAUUGAGAUUGGCGGGAAGCCAGCCGGCCGCAUCGUCAUGGGUUUGUACGGGAAGACUGUCCCUGAGACGGCCGAGAACUUCCGAGCUCUGGCCACCGGCGAGAAGGGCUACGGCUACGAAGGCUCCAUGUUCCACCGUGUUAUCAAGGACUUCAUGAUCCAGGGUGGUGACUUCACCAAGGGCGACGGCACCGGUGGCAAGUCCAUCUACGGCGAAAAGUUCAAGGAUGAGAACUUCAAGCUCAAGCACACCAUGAAAGGUCUGCUUUCCAUGGCUAACGCCGGUCCCGACACCAAUGGCUCCCAAUUCUUCAUCACCACGGUUGUUACCUCCUGGCUCGAUGGUCGUCACGUCGUUUUCGGCCAAGUGCUCGAGGGCUACUCUAUUGUCGAGAUGAUUGAGAAUGUAAAGACCUUGGCAGGCGACAAGCCUGAAGAGGCUGUCAAGAUUGUCAAGAGUGGCGAGCUCGAGGUCCCUCCCGAAGGCCUCGAAGGCUCAGCUGGCUGGGCUGAUGGUGUCGCACCAAUUGAAAACGACGUGGACGGUGCAGUUAAAGCUACAGAAGGCUGGUCGUUUUUGCAAAAGAUUGCCUUGUUUGGAUUUGUGGUUGCUGCUGCUCUGUUUUACAUUCGCCUUCGCAGAUCCUCAAGCAAGAUGGAAUACGACUUGAACAAACCCCUUGCCUAG